AUCAACCAUCAAGGAUAGGUAAAAAAGGCUAAUCAAGCAUAGAGGUUGAACUUGAGCCCAAAAUGGACCAUACAUAGUCUACUUCUGCAUGAGUAUACCACAAGCCCAUUAUUGUGAAUUGUCUAGAGUUUGGUACCACCUCCCUCCAAUUCAUUUCCUUCAACUUCAUUGGCAUUAGAAAGAGUUAAUCUUUCAAUUAUCACAGAUGGACAAUCAGAAAACAGACAUUUCACCUUUUUGAAAGGCCUCUAAACUAACUUCCUUUGGUUUGCUCUUUAAGAAAGUGAACAUUUUCAUGCUAUCUAAUAGGUACAACCAUGACUUCUCUUUGAAAGGUUUACACAAAAACAAAGCAAAUUUCAUACACACACACACAUAGCAAAUGGAGUUUCAAUCCUCGGCGAAACGCCACUAUGACAUAACCAUGUCAAGAAGAACAAGGAAACAACAAUCAUUAGCUAAUGAAAAACCAAUCUCAAAGGUUGAAACACCUAAGGAUGUUUCACUUGAAACUACCAUUCCUGAGGUGAAAGAAGGUAAUGAGAAUAAUAUUGAUCACAAAAGCUUGAAACAAUUGAUUGUAGGAGAAGAGAAAGAGUCAACAAAGAAGUGUAGUAGUAGUGAUGAAGGUGAAAGCAAAGGAAGAAACUCUCUCGGAGAACAUUUUACGGAGGAAGAGAAACAACUUCAACUUGUUAGGAUGCAACAAAAGGACAAUCUUCAAGGUUUGAAGUUUAAGAAGUUGGUUCGUCGUUAUGCUAAAGUUUUGGGGCAUAUGAUGAAGUCUAAGCGUGAUCCUCAUUUAGGUGAUGCUGGGAAAAAACCUGUUUUCAAGUUAUCAGCUUAGGGGAAAUAUUUUAAUUUUGGUUUGUUUUUUUUUCCAGCUUAUGAUUUGGUUGAUCUAUAACUUUCUAUGUUUAUGUAUGUGUCAAGGUAAGAUUAUAUUUUGGUGAUCAAAAAUACCUUAACACUCUUCCAUCUUCUUUAUAUCAUUUGUGUAUAAUACUUAUUCAUGCAUUAUAUAUGCAUGUGACAUUAUGUUAUGUAUUUGUAAUUGUAUCACUCAAAUGUGUUCUUAAUGUGAAAGCUUCUUCUAAUACAAUACCUUCAUAUUCAGAA